GGGAUGGAAGAAAAGGAAAUUCAAUUUUUAGGAGAUUCAAAAGCUUCUAUACGCAAUGUCAUAGCCUUCCCAAAAUCGGCAUCUGGUAAAUGUUACAUGACAGGUUCACCUACAGAACCUGAUAAAUGGUUACUUGAACGUUAUAAAUUAAAAAUUGUCGAAGAAAACGAUGAAGAAUUUGAUUGUUAUGAAAGGUAA